AGGAUUUCCAGCUUAGAGUCCAUUGUCGAUGAAUAUCGCCAUUUUGUGGAACAGUUAGAAACAGAGAUUAAAUCACUGAAGAAUGGCGAGGAAUCGGAAGAAUGUCACCACAAGAUGAAGGCAUUUGAGAAUAGCUUCAAUGAAAUAAAAGCCAUGAAAGACAAAGAGGUGGAGAUUGUGGAGUCGAUGGACACUUCGCCCCCCGACGCGAGCACAACAGUCACGCCUACUGUUUAUCGCGUCAUUCAUUUCAAUCAAAACCCAAUCGCAGUAAACGUUGAGAAACAUAACGAAGAAUUCAAACGACUCGUCGAUGAGAACCAAAAACUGUUGAAUAGAAUCGUAUCGUUAGAGUCGGGAUCAGAAGCAGACGUCAGUAAAAGGCUCGAAGAAGGCGUCAAAAAUAGUCAAGAAUUGGAAAAACUGCAGAAAAAGUUGAGUUCCGCUGAAAAGAGUCAGCAAAAGAUUAUCGACGCCUUUAAGCGGACGAGUAAAGAGUUCCGAGAAGUUUGCUAUCGUUUAACGGGUUUUCGAAUCGAUCUAUUGAAGCAAAACACAUACCGUUUGGCUCACAUGUACGCCGAUUCUGCCGACGAUGUGUUGUUGUUUGAAUGCGAUUCCGACCGAACCAUCAAAAUGCUUGAAAACCAGUACUCAAACAAACUUCAAGAUUCUGUGCAGACAUAUCUCACAACACACGACAGUUUCCCGGCAUUUCUCGCUUCCCUUACACUCGAACUCUUCCACAAACAAACUAUUGUCUCGUGAAUUGGUUGACAGAAAU